CCUACCCUGAUUCUACCUAGAACUCCAGUGCAAUGCGCCUAGAAGUGGCAGAGUCGGAAGUCGGAACCCAGUAGUGACGUAUCAAGUACUUCCGGUGGUAGGACCGGCAACAUGGCAGCGGACAUGCAGGUUUCCGAGACAUUGAAGAAAUUUGCUUUAAGAGUGACUACAGCCAGUGUGAAAGAGCGAAAGGAGAUUUUCGGGGAGCUAAAACAAUGUUUAAAGGGUAAAGAGCUACCAGAGCCUGCCAUCAAAGGGCUUUGCAAGCUCUUCUGCCUCACCCCUCACAGAUAUAGGGAUGCUGCGUCUCGCAGAGAGAUUCUCUCUGCCAUUGCACAAUUGGCUGAACGCCAACCUGACAUUCUGGUGAUGAGCCUCCUCCACUGCCUUCUCAACAGUGGACUUGUCAGUAAAAAUGGAGAGCCAGGGAAAAGCACAGGCUCUGCUGCCUUCAUUGGCCUGUCUUGGACCUGCCUUUUAGUCCCCUCUGUCUUUUCUGCUCCGGAGAAAAGACAAGGACCAACCUGGAAUAAAAUGGUUCAGGUUCAGAGUCUGCUCGUGGCUGAGGUCGUGGGUGGAGCCAAAUCUACUGCUCAGAAGUCAAGCCUGAAGAAUCUCACUCAUCUUUGCGAGGAAAAUUCGGGCUUAGUUGAUCAGUACAUCACCGCCUUGUUGAGUCUGGAGCCAAGCCCUACAACGCUAGCCAUGCUGGGUGUCUGUUUGGACUUCUGCACAGCUCAGAAGGACAAAGCCACAAUUGAAAAACAUAAGAGGGCCAUGUUAGACCUUUACAUGAAGUCUGUGCUUAUGAGCAAGACUAAAGCACACCAGCAUAUUCUGGAUAAAAGUGGCUCCCUGCUCCGCCACGUCACUCACUCGGAGUUCCAAGAGCUGCUUCUCCCCACCAUGCAAAAGACAAUGCUGAGAAGUCCAGAGAAUGCCAUGAGGGCAAUUUCCUGCUUGCUGUCAGCACUGACUAUAGAUCUCAGUCAGUAUGCCAUGGAUAUUGGAAAGGCUAUAGCAAGCCAACUGAAAGCCAACAAUGUGCAGUUAAUGGAGGAAGCAGUCCAGGCCUUGCAGAACCUAGCCCGACAGUGCAGUGAUCCCAAUGCGGUACAGGAAAUUGUCACACAUCUUUUCAAGAUUCUUGGAGGAUCGGAAGGAAAACUUACAGUUGUCACCCAAAAGAUGAGUGUUUUGUCAGGCAUUGGCAGCUGUAGCCAUCAUGCAGUGUCAGGAAGCUCAAGCCAAACGCUGAGCUCUGCAGUCACAAUGAUGUUCAUCCCUUAUUUGCAACAGGAAGUUCAUGAGGGCACCUUGGUGCACGGCGUGUCAGUGCUCUCUCAAUGGAGCAGUCGCCUUACCAUGCAGAUUCCGGCUGCUUUGUUAGACUGGUUCAAAAAGGCAUUCACCCUCAAAACCUCCACCUCUUUGGUUCGCCACGCCUACAUUCAGGCCAUGUUGGGGGCCUUCAAAGGUGAUACUCUGGACCAAGCAUCAGACCUCAUACCUCUGCUGCUUCAAACUGUGGAAAAAGCUGCAGCACAAAACUCCCAGUAUGCUCUACUUUCCGAAGGCGUUGCGGCUUCGGUUCUUUUGAGUCGACUGUCCUUGCUCGAAACAAUGACAGAGGCAAAGUUCUCCAGCUUUUGGAACUUGAUCUUGGAUGAUAAGAAGCCACUUUUCACAACAGAAAAGUUCGUCUCCACGUCCAGUGAAGAAACUCAGCUGACUGUACUGCUACUCUGCGAAAGGCUUUUCUUGGAUCAUGCCCACAGGCUUAACACCAGCAAAUCUCAGAUGUACCACAGUGCCACUGUGGCGGUGCUGUUGUCUCACAGCUGGCGUGUUAGGAAGCGGGCAAAACAGACAGUCAGAAAGCUGCUCUCGUCCUUGGGUGGUUCCAACCUUGCCCAGGGCCUUCUAGGAGAACUCCGAGCUGCAAUCAACAAACACAAAGUUAUGCCCCAGGAUGCCUUGGUUUUAGAGUCUGGAGAGCUAACUGAGCUUGGUCGCAACUACACACGCCCACGUGUUCUGUUGGAUGCGCUGCAUGUCAUUUGCUCUUCGGCCAGUCAGUGGAAUGACCCAAAUGAAUCAGAAAACUUGGCCAUGGAGAUCCUCAUUAUUGCUCAUCAUCCUUCGUUAGUUGAAGCGCGGAGCAGUCUGUGGCCUUUCCUGCUCUCCACCAUGAACGUAAAAGCUGAAGAAUUUAUAGAAAAGAAUCUGGAGGCUAUUCUGCCGCAUCUGUUGGAGGUUAACACUGAUAACCAGGCUGUGAGAAAUGCUGCAGGUGCCCUCUGUGCACUCUCUCCUGACAAACUGUUACCUCGCGUAAUCAGUCACAUAACAAAGGAGCUUUCCCAGCCCGCUCUUCAUACUGUCACCAAGGAGGAGUACGCUAUCAUGCUGACACCUGAGGGUGAACUUUAUGACAACUCCAUUAUUGAGAGUGCACAGAAAGAAAACAGCAAGAAGGGCAAUAUCAAGAAGGAGAACAAAGCGUACUCCUACAAAGAACAGAUAUUUGGACUCGAGUUACAGGAGGAGAUCAAGAAGAAAAGAGGCAUCAAGGAUGAAGUGCAACUCACCAGCAAACAGAAGGAAAUGAUUGAGUUGCAACGUGAGAAGGAGGAAUCUAUUCGGAAAAGGCUUCAAGGGCUUGAUGUAGAGUUGCACAGUGUGGUGGGUCUUCUAGUAGCUGUUGUUAAAGAGAGACCUGCACAGAUUACUAGAGAGCUGCCGUCGGUCCUCCAAGUUCUGUUGCCCCUUUUGCACUCGCCUCUGGCAGCUCCACGUAUUCAACAGAUUUUCUUGGACAUCGGAUUGUGCCUCCUACCCAAUCACCUCCAUCAUCUUGGUGCUCUUGUGGGACAUGUGACUUUGCGGUUGCUGAAGCCUGAAUGUGACCUGGAUGCAGCCUGGGAGCAGGAGGACCUGGACAAAGCAGUGGCCCGCACUGUUCAAUUGCUACAUAAUAAUACUGUCCCUCAGAGAGAGGGCAAGACUAGUGGUGUGACCCCACUAUCUGCUCCUGCCUUUUGCUACUGCUUUCCUUUCCUCAAUGCCACACUCAAGAGGUCCUCAGGCAGUACAGAGGAGACGGAGAGUUUAAUGACUAGAUCUUUGCAAAUCAUCCAUGAACAUUGUCAGCUUCGUACUCAGACAGAUGAGACGAAUGUCAUAGAUGAGAAUGGCCCUGAACUGCUUCCUCGUGUCAACAUGCUACUGCUGCUGACCAGAAUUAUUUCCACAGCCACACCUAGACUUCAGGUGUUGGCGUCUCAGUGUCUAACAACUCUGUGUGGCAGUGCCGGAGGAGGCGAGGGCUGCACUGUAGCAGAGCAGCCAGAGAUAGAUGUCCUGCUCAACGCCCUACUUUCACCUUGCUUCUCUGUUCGUGAUGCUGCUCUAAGAGGGUUGUUGGAGAUGGAGUUUGCUUUGCCGACAGACAGUACAGAGCAGAGUGGGUUGAGUUUACUGCGUAGGCUCUGGGUCGCUAGGUUUGAUGUCGAAGAGGAAGGACGAGCCUUUGCUGAAAAACUCUGGCAGUCUCUUGAUCUGGAGUUGGUUCCAGAGAUUUGCUCCUUGCUGAUUGGAGACAUCACUCACCAUGAAGAGGCUGUUCGUUCUGCUGCGGCUGAGGCACUGUCAAGUGCUGUCUCCCAGUAUAAAGACCAAUCUGCUCCGGUCCUUGGACAACUAACUGAACUCUACCACCAAAAACUUUAUAGACCACCCCCUGUGCUGGAUACCUUGGGCAGGGUCAUCUCUGAAUCACCACCGGAUCAAUGGGAAGCAAGGUGUGGCAUUGCCCUUACUCUGAACAAGCUGUCCCAGUAUUUGGACGAAUCCCAGGUGACUCCUCUCUUCCUCUUCUUUGUUCCCGACGCUCUGAAUGACCGUCACGCUGACGUCCGGCGUUGCAUGUUGGAGGCAGCUCUGUCAGCCCUCAACACUCAUGGAAAGGACAAUGUUAGCUCCCUGCUACCUGUGUUUGAGGAGUUCCUAAAAAAUGCUCCCCAGGACGCAAGUUAUGACUCUGUCCGUCAGAGCGUUGUCAUUCUAAUGGGCUCCCUGGCCAAACAUUUGGACAAAAAUGACCCCAAGGUCAAACCUAUUGUGGCCAAGCUUAUCACUGCCCUUUCUACGCCAUCUCAGCAGGUUCAGGAAUCAGUGGCUAGCUGUUUACCUCCUCUAGUGCCUGCUAUCAAAGAAGAUGCUGCAGGGAUAGUACGGAAUCUGCUGCAGCUGCUGCUAGAGAGUGACAAGUAUGCUGAGAGAAAGGGGGCUGCCUAUGGGUUGGCUGGCCUGGUCAAAGGACUUGGUAUUCUGGCUCUGAAGCAGCAGGAGAUUAUGGCAACUUUGACUGACGCCAUUCAGGAUAAGAAAAACUUCAGACGAAGAGAAGGAGCACUUUUUGCUUUUGAGAUGCUGUGCAACAUGUUGGGCAAACUUUUUGAGCCAUAUGUUGUCCAUGUGCUGCCACAUCUCCUACUUUGCUUUGGAGAUGGAAAUCAAUAUGUGAGAGAGGCAGCGGAUGACUGUGCUAAAGCAGUGAUGAGAAACUUGAGUGCUCAUGGUGUGAAACUAGUUCUUCCUUCUUUGCUGGUUGCCCUGGAAGAGGAGUCUUGGCGGACUAAAGCAGGCUCUGUAGAAUUGCUUGGUGCCAUGGCUUUCUGCGCACCAAAGCAGUUAUCAUCUUGCCUACCAAGCAUUGUUCCCAAAUUGACUGAAGUGUUGACAGACUCCCAUGUGAAGGUGCAGAAAGCUGGUCAGCAGGCUCUCAGACAAAUUGGCUCAGUCAUCCGAAAUCCUGAAAUUCUUGCUAUAACGCCUAUCCUGCUCGAUGCUCUCACUGAUCCUUCCCGGAGGACCCAAACAUGUCUUCAAACACUUUUGGACACCAAAUUUGUGCACUUCAUCGAUGCUCCUUCCCUUGCCCUUAUCAUGCCCAUUGUCCAGAGAGCUUUCCAGGAUCGUUCCACUGACACUCGCAAGAUGGCCGCUCAAAUCAUUGGCAAUAUGUACUCCCUUACUGACCAGAAGGAUCUGUCACCAUACCUGCCCAGUGUCAUUCCUGGACUUAAGACUUCCUUGUUGGACCCUGUGCCAGAGGUGCGGACAGUGUCGGCCAAAGCCCUGGGUGCAAUGGUGAAGGGAAUGGGUGAAUCCUGCUUUGAUGACCUUCUGCCGUGGCUCAUGGAGACACUGGCCUCUGAGCAGAGCUCAGUUGAUCGUUCCGGGGCUGCCCAAGGACUGGCUGAGGUGAUGGCUGGGCUUGGCGUUGAGAAGCUGGACAAACUGAUGCCAGAUGUGGUGCAAACUGCGAGUAAAGUGGAUAUAGCCUCCCAUGUUAGAGAUGGUUACAUCAUGAUGUUCAUCUAUCUGCCUCUCACAUUUGGAGACAAAUUUACUCCCUACGUUGGGCCCAUCAUCCCUUGCAUUCUGAAGGCAUUAGCUGAUGAAAAUGAGUAUGUAAGAGACACGGCACUACGAGCUGGUCAACGCAUCAUAAGCAUGUAUGCAGAGACUGCAAUUGCACUCCUACUUCCUGAACUAGAGCAGGGGCUGUUUGAUGACCUCUGGAGAAUCAGAUUCAGUUCUGUUCAGCUGCUUGGAGAUCUGCUGUUCCAUAUCUCUGGAGUGACAGGAAAGAUGACCACAGAGACUGCAUCGGAGGAUGACAAUUUUGGUACUGCUGCUUCAAAUAAAGCUAUCAUAUCAGCUCUCGGGGCUGAGCGCCGCAAUCGUGUACUUUCUGGCCUUUAUAUGGGACGCUCUGACACCCAGCUGGUAGUUCGCCAGGCAUCUCUUCAUGUAUGGAAGAUAGUGGUGUCCAACACGCCACGAACCCUUCGAGAAAUCCUCCCAACCCUCUUCAGCCUCCUACUCGGCUUCUUGGCCUCUACCUGCCCUGAUAAGAGAACGAUCGCUGCCCGUACACUGGGUGACCUAGUGAGAAAGCUGGGUGAGAAGAUUCUUCCAGAAAUUAUUCCCAUCCUAGAGCAGGGUCUACGUUCUGACAAGAGUGAUGAAAGACAGGGCGUGUGCAUCGGCCUCAGUGAGAUCAUGAAGUCAACCAGCAAAGAUGCGGUGCUUGUCUUCUCCGAGUCUCUGGUCCCAACGGUGAGGAAAGCUCUUUGUGACCCUCUGGAAGAAGUCAGAGAGGCUGCAGCCAAAACAUUUGAGCAGCUUCAUGUAACCAUUGGUCACCAAGCGCUUGAUGACAUUCUACCUACACUGCUGAAACAGCUUGAUGACGAGGACACAGCUGAUUUUGCUUUAGAUGGACUGAAGCAAGUGAUGGCAGUCAAAAGUCGAUCGGUGCUCCCCUAUUUGGUGCCAAAGCUCACAGCUCCUCCUGUGAAUACUCGUGUGUUGGCCUUCCUCUCUGCUGUGGCCGGUGAUGCUCUGACCCGCCACCUCGGCGUUAUUCUACCUGCUCUUCUUUCCUCACUUAAAGAAAAACUAGGAACAGAAGAUGAACCACAGGAAUUAUGCAGUUGUCAAACAGUAAUCCUCUCCGUGGACGAUGAAGUGGGCCAGCGCAUCAUCAUAGAUGAUCUGUUAGAGGCAACUCGAAGCUCCGACUCUGGCCUCAGGCAGGCCGCCGUUACCAUCCUCAAUGCCUACUUUGCCCGCACACGCCUGGACUAUAGUGCCCAUACGCGCAACUUGCUGUCAGGCCUCAUCCGCCUCCUCAGUGACACUAAUCCAGAGAUUCUAUCUCAGAGUUGGGACACAAUCAAUUCAAUCACUAAGAAACUUGACGCAAGCAGCCAGCUGGCAUUGAUUGAUGACCUUCAUCGAGACAUUAGAUCAGCAGUUGCAGAUGCAAAGGGUCAAUACUUACCUGGUUUCUGUCUGCCGAAAAAGGGUCUUACUUGCAUUCUUCCUGUCCUGAGAGAAGGUGUCCUAACUGGUAGCCCUGAGCAAAAGGAAGAAGCCGCCAAAGCGUUAGGAGGGGUAAUUAAAUUGACAUCUCCUGAGGCGCUUCGGAUCUCUGUGGUCAACAUCACUGGGCCCCUUAUUCGUAUCUUGGGGGACCGCUUUGCUUGGACAGUAAAGACAGCUCUGUUGGAGACGCUUACCCUUCUGUUAGCAAAGGUGGGGAUCGCGCUGAAGCCCUUCCUGCCACAGCUGCAGACAACAUUCUUGAAGGCCCUACAAGACUCAAGCCGUGCAGUCAGGUUGAGGGCCGCUGAAGCUCUGGGCCAACUGGUUUCUAUCCACAGCAAGGUUGACCCACUCUUCACAGAGCAACUCUCUGCCAUUCGCAAUGCAGAAGACUCCGGAGUCAGGGAGACAAUGCUUCAAGCUUUAAGGUUCGUCAUUCAAGGGGCCGGGUCAAAGGUGGAUCCAAACAUCCGCAAGAACGUUACCACCACAUUACUAGGCAUGCUGGGACAUGACGAGGAUGCAACUCGAAUGGCUUCCGCUGGUUGUGUUGGUGAGCUCUGCCCAUUUUUGUCAGAGGAGGAGUUGAAGACUGUCCUGCUUCAGCACAUCUUAGCGGAUAUGUCAGGGGUGGACUGGAUGGUGCGACAUGGUCGCAGCUUGGCUUUAGCCAUAGCUGUCAAGUGUGCGCCUGAGAAGCUGUGUGGCAAGGAAUACUGCGACACAGUGACGGAGAACAUUUUGACCAAUGCCACUGCUGACAGGAUCCCCAUUGCCAGCAGUGGGAUCAGAGGGAUGGGAUUCCUGAUGCGAUAUCAGCUCAGUGUGGAUGGAGGCACUAAUGUUUCUCAGCGGUUCAUCACACAGUUUGUCAAGUGUCUUCAGAACCAGUCCAGUGACAUCAGGUUGGUGUCAGAGCGAGUGCUCUGGUGGGUCUUCAAAGAGCCGGCAGCACCUACCAUGGACGCAAAUCUCAUCAAGCCUUUGUUGAAGACUCUGUUGGACAAUACCAAAGACAAGAACACCAGCGUCAGAGCCCAGAGCGAGCACACCAUUGUCAACCUCUUACGACUACGCCAGGGAGAGGAGUGCAUGCAGAUGAUUACAGCAAUUCUGGACUCGGCGAGUAACGACCUCCUAUCAGAGUGUCACCGCCGGUCUUUGAAGAAGAUCGCCAGUCAGCAAGACUCCAAUGAAGAGAUAGACGACACCAUAUUAACGUGAAUGAACUGGACUGACCUGUUUGAUAAUGUCAGCCAAAACAUGGAUCGACAGAUGUGAUCUCCACUGAAUUAGAACUCCAGACACAAUCACAUCAUGUUAUUCUGUUUUCCAGCACAGGAACUCGGGAAAAACUUCAAGACCAGACUUGUAAUUCACACAACUUUUUAUUUCCGCACCCCUUAACAGCAGAUUCACUGUAUGACAACAGUGUUGCUUUGUGCUCAGUCAUUGAUUCUAUUUCAUUUCCUAUUUUGAUGGUUUGGAUUUUUCAUUUAUUUACCUCUCAAAAUGUUUUACAAUGCAUUAUUCAGGUCAUACCUCCACUGGACCUGGACGUAAGUAUUUUUCAGCCCCCUAAAUGGUACAAAAGAUGUCUUUGAAUGUGCUACAAGUUCCUAUGCUGAAAAACAACUAUUGAUUCAAUUCCCUCACAUGCGGUUAAAUCUUUUAUUUUUUAUUUCAUCCUUUUAACGGCCUUUAAACCCAAAAUAAAAUGUUGUCAGGCA